AGUUAAGGGGUCUGCGAUGUUUGUAUUCAAAUCAAGCUUCGAUUGCGAAGGCUGCCAGCAAGCUCUGUUCCCUGCUGCCGGGUGUUUUCAUCACACACAGGGUAAGUAAAACUGGUCAUUUGAAUAGACGUCAACCAGAAACUAGGAAAAGAGCAAACAGCUAUUAGAUUUUAUUAAUAUUGAUUGGAUGACCGGCAGUGUAAUCAUCAAUCGCGAAAGAAUUCUAACAGGCAGUAGUUAGGUCGCACGAAAGAAAUGUUCAAGUUUACUCAGAGAAAAAAAAACAUGAAAAAUAACCGUUGUGCCUUCAAUUUAUCAAAAAAAAUAUUGCAUUUAAUUGGUUAUAGGUACGGCAGAACAGGCAACAAAAACGUGCAACUUGUUUUGCAACAUUGCUGCUCUGACGAGUUGAAAAGCGAUGUUGCGUGUUUUGUCAUUCACAUUCAAACCUGUCUUGCAAGAAAUAAAGUCGGUUGCAAGUUGCGUGAAUCAGUACUGACUUCUCAUUCGAUGACAUUACCCAGGAGUCACACACACGGUAGUUGUGUCACUUGUUGCAAAACAAGUUUUCCCUAUUGGGCUAGUUAAUUAAACACGCAACAUGUACAGAUUUUGUUGCAAAAAGUAGAACUACUCUCAACUCUCGGCAACAACUUUUCGCAACCUGUAACAACCUGAUUUGUUGCUUGACAGGUUGGAACGUGCGUAGUAAAACGCGCACCAUCGCUUUUCACUCGUUAUGCAGCAAUGUUCCAAAACAACUUGCACGCUUUUGUUUGCCUUUUUACUGUACCUUUAGAUCAUACUCACUAUUCCCUUGUGUUACUAUACUUGGGAGCGGUAUUGUUGGGGCUUCGGCUUUGGUUUAGAAAAACUUUAAUUAAAUAAAGUUUGUAAACAUUAAAACAUGAUAUAUCAACUUUGCUUCAUCUUGUAGAACGUCAAUUGAAUUAAUAAGAGCAACAAUGGCCCAGUACUUACUGCGAGUCAUAAUUCGUCACAAAUCUUCCACUGCUGGAAACAUGGUAAAGUAGAAAACGAGUGCGGAUACAGCUUGGCUGCACAAUUCUUUAAAUGUUUAAUAUUGCAUUCGGAGAGGGAGGGGCUCUAGAAUGAAACUGCUCUACCAAAUGUGCUUGAAAAUCAAUGUAUUGUCAGUCUACAGUUUAUUCUCACAGAACUAGUCAAACUCUUGAUUCAUUUAUCUAAUUUGCUGCGCCCGGUUCGAAGUCCAAUUAACGCUAAAUGGGGCUAAAUUUCAAUCCAGGUUCAUUUUCUUUGGUUAAAAAGUAUUUUCUUGGAUAUUUUUUCUAUUCUUUUUAGAGUAUCAAAUCAUCAAGUUAUAGGGAAAAAAAAAUCAAACUGAAUUUGCUUCCAUGCUGUCACAUUUGAAUUCAAUUUCCACACUAAUCCUAGGUUCUCUCUGAUCCAUUACUAUUGACAGCAGUAGAUAGCAUGAGAUAGGUACACCACACGCAAGCAAAAUUCCUUCAUGCGUUUGCGCUGACUACAGCCUGAAAAAAAAAAACAAUCAGACGCACAGACUAGAUCUGGGUAGUGACACGUCAUCAGUAUGGAAUUUCUGCAGUCGUUCCUCAGAAGUCAUUUCACGGGGAAACCAGAGCUGGCAUCGCGAAACGUGGGCUGUUUUUUCAGGCUACCCUGACUUUUGGUGACUAUUGGGCUAGAGAUUUAAGCUGACUUUAAAAAUAUCUCGGACAAUAAAAAUAAUAUAAGCCGGUACCAACAUGAUGAACAAACUAAUAUCAAUAUUACUAUACAAUAUUUUAUAAUAUACAUUCAUAUAUAUUAAUUUUAUAAAUAAAUAUUCUGCAGUUUAGAAGUUUCCAGAUGCCUAGUACUAAGAUGUUAAACUUUCAUGGGCAACACGAUGGUGCGAAACAAUUGAUUCCUCUCCAGAAGGGAGGAUAUCCUUGGCCUACAGCCUAUAACCGCAAUUUUACGGUAAAUGUUUAAAGUUACAAGACUGAAAUACCAUUAUGCGAACUUGCGUCCCUGCUUUAGAAGUUGAUAGAACACCCCUCUUAUCCAAACCCGCGUUCAUUUGAGAAGCAACUUAUCAAGUUUAAUUUGGGCGCAAAACCCACUAGACAUUUAUCAUAUACUAAACAAGGCCAUUGCCUACUUAUAGAAAGACCUCAAUCUCAGACUGCAGUUUUUCUUGAUGUCUCUAUUCUGAAACUCGCUUAAUAGAACUCAAAACCCAAAGGAAAAGUAUAUCAUUUUAAAAGACAAAAUGCCUUCUUUCGGAAGUUGUUUCAAAAAGUCAAAUUAAUACUUCAUCACAAAAUCAAAAAGUUAGUGUCACAAAUUUCUUAAUGCGCUGCCGUUUGACUCUAGAUCUCCUCUCGGUUUUGAUGCUUAAUUAAACAUCGUGCAUCGUGUUUGGUGAAAUUAAUCACGGGCAGAAAAUCACGGGAGGAGAUAAACAGGAGGGAAGAAAACAUUAACCCGCAAUUUCGUAAACCACUGGGUGAAUCGGCACAAGAUUUGGACGCAUAAGAUUUCUGGGAUCCGGCUUUUAGGUCACCGUCAAAACUGAGCCUUAAUUUUUUAAUUGUUGCCUCUGAUACCAUCGACUAACAAUCCAGAAAGACCUUUUGCGAAAGCUUGUAGCUUCUCUCCAUGCAGUUUAUUUAAUAUCUGACUUCCGUUGCAGAAAGAAACAUCGACGGCAAGUGGAGGAGAGGCGACACCGAACCAUCCUCAUCCUCAUCCUCAUCCAGGACCACAUGUACACUGGGUUUUUCCUUGGAUUCAUGUACAUAACACGGGUGAGGUAGUCUUCCCGCAAACACAUCUCUUUCCUGCUGUAAAGAUUAACUCACCCCAUCGACCUCACCCAGUUGAACCGAACACCAGUUAUCGGAUGUGGGGUCUUGUUAGCAGGCAGAAUGACAGCCUGGUGCAGCGUGAUUCAGCUAGCAGUUACGUGAAUUGUAAAGGAACCUUCAGCGAUAAAACAGGCAACAGUAAGUGUUCUUUGUGCUCUCCUUUUAUUGCCCUUUCCCGUUUGUGUUUGGUUUUCGUAUACCACGCUUCUCUCUCUAUUGUGACCCAAAAAAAGCUUCAAAAGCUUAAGUAACAAACAUUUGUCAUACUACUCGUAACCGUAGAGGCAUGUGUGACCGGCGCGAGUGGUUACUUGACACCUCGAACUCCGGAUCUGGAUGUCCGAGGUUCAAAGCCUCGCCCGUUGCUUUGUUUCCUAAGACAAGGAACUUUACUCCACUUUGUCUCUCUUCACCCAGGUGUGUAAAUGAGUACCGGCGACAUACUGCUGGGUGGUAACCCUUCGAUGGACUAGCAUCCUGUCAAGGGGGGAGUAGCAAUACUUUUAGGCAUGCUUCAUGCUAAGGAAACCAGGAUAAGCUUAAUAGGCAGUUUGGGCUUUCGGCUCGUGUGCGCCUCUACCUUUUACUAUACUCGUAACUGAAUAAUUAUCCUCCUUCCUCUCUCAACACCCUCCCCGAACCAGCCAGAGUUAAAGGCGGACUGUGGUUCAGUUUAGAUUUCAAUUAGCCAUGUUAGCAUAGUUGACGAAAGAAAGGUUGUAUUCAUGUUUGUUAAAGUAAUUGGCUUUUUCUGUUACUUUACUUGCUUUCAGUCGCUAUCUUGUGCUUGUAUGUAAUAAGUCGAUGACACCAUAGAGUACGUCUUUUCUAGCAAUUAAAAGGUGAUGAAUUUGAGAAGCCACAAAAGUUAAACAAAGUGCUUGUAAAGGAGGAGGCUAUUCCUGUGCAACGAUUUACUGAAGUUUUUCUCAAGAAAGCUCUUUUGGCCUCAGUUUUUUUCUCGGUAGAGCGCUUGACUGCAGAGUGGGAGGUCGAGGAUUCGAUUCCUGGGGCCGGACCAGUCCUCAGCCUAGGGUCUUAAAAUAUAACUGAGAAGUGAACUCAAGGUACUUUCCUUUGCCCUGCAAACGGCUAGACCUUUGAAUGGCUCGGAUGACCACGUAAGACAACAACGGUUCCGGCCCUCUUCAGUAGAGGACGUAAAAAUAGCGAUUUCAACGGUGUUUCUGUUUUCAUAUACUUUUAGCUUACAUUUUUUUCUUUUUUAUUCCGUCAUGUCAUUAUAUAGGGAGUCAUAUUGCACGCUUUCCUACAUUUUAAAUUGUAACGUCUUAGCUUAGAGUUCCUUACUGUCAAAUGUGCCUUGCUUCUUUCUGUUGUUCUCAAUUAGUACUCAAGAGUUUAAUACUUUGAUACUCAGAUGAAGGGCAUUUUUGUAGAGAUAUUUUAGUAAACCCGUGAAACAAUAUGUAACAAUUAGCGCCAAAUAGUUACAAGUAAACAAAUUAGAGUUUAAUACAGCGUAUUACUUCCACUAUCUAUUUUACCGGUUAAGUAAAAUCACUCUAUCAUUGCAAGUUAUCGGUAGCGAUGCUUUUCGAAUUUAGCCCCUAAAUAUAAUAAAGAUUAUUUGUAAAAAAAAAAACUCGUGAAAUUUCUUUUGACAGGAGUGGAGAGAACGGCCCUUCUCGGUUCAAAUCCAUUAAAUUCCUCUCAAUAUCUUUUUUUUGAUAUAUAUAGCUGAGAUAACUACAAGCGACAUCAAUCAGGAUUAUGUGAGUUUACUUUUCAAGGACCCAACAACUCUUAAAAAGUACGUCGUGACUGCACAAGCCGACCCAAGGGGCAAUAUAAGCAUAGAGGCUCUGGUGAGUUAUUUGUAAGUCUAAGUAUCAUCUAAAGAAUUAUGGAGAUCUCGGAGGGUGUUAUCCAAAUUCAAUAAUUGUUUUCCAAAAAAAUUCUUUGUUUAAAAGCAAGCUAGAACAUGCUUACCUCCAUUGAUGUUAAGUUCACUUUCAAUGGCCUGUUUCUCGGCAAGUUUAAGAGACAAAGGGUUGUUUGAAUUGGUUCUACAAAUAUUCUCCAAAUAGCAGAUGUCGUCCCUGUAGUUGUAUUCUUGAUUUUUUUGCUAUAUACUUUGUAGCCUGUGUAGCCCCUAUCCUUGCCUCUUUCCUCAUGGCGAAACGAGUGAAAUGUUCCGCCAUUUUGUACUUACUACCAAAACAACCCAACCUCGUCCUAAGGUCUUCUCGGUUAGCUGUCCAGUUUUCUUUGACGUCAUUUUUCCAUAUUGAAAACUUUUUUCAAAUUUGGUCAACAUUAGCUGGUUAUGAUAUUGUCUGGGGGAUUUUAUCCAAUCAGAAACGAAGAAGUAUUUUGAAUAAAUGAAUAAUAGACCUUAUUCAUGAUACCCGCCGUCAUUGCACGCGCUUUAGGAUUGAUGGGAUAAAGGCAAUGCCACGUAGUAUUUCAGGGGGUAAAAAAAUGAUAAAAACCAAUACGAGUCAUUGCGGUUAAUUUUGUGUAGUCUAUGAAAACGAGACGACGAUUCACUGUGCGACUACUAUUAGCGGAGCUCCACGCGCGCGAAGCGCGCGCGCGUGGGCGGAGCCCCAUUGCUAAGGAAAUCUACCCAUACCAGAAAAUUUGGUAAUCACGUGACCGACCGACCGACCGACCGUCCGUCCGCACCACAGGCAUACCAAUGUUUACUCUCACACUUUCUAGCUACUUUGGGAGCCCAGGAGAAAGCUGAUUGCACAUCAAUGUUGUCAGCAAUUGACAGCUGUCAAAACAGGGUAUCCGCUGACCACUAUCACCUGACCGAAUCGCGGGCUCAGGUGUCGACCCAUGGAGGUCGAGUAUUUUUUUGAAGUUAUCCGCUGACAAUUUACUCGUUUUCAAAUGAUCGCAGGCUCACGUUUACUUUUGUUUUAAAUUCAUAUCAAAUAUGUUGUGUUUAUGUCAGUAUCGCCCCGCACUAUUACGAUUUUGAUUUCAAACUGACUUCAGACGCAAAAAUUCAGCCAGUGUUUUUAAAAUACAGGCGGGGAAGACCUUGGAAGACCUUUUCUUACCAUGGGCACGUGUUGGUCACGCUCCACGUCCAAUUUUUAUGCUCUGAUUGGUCAAAAUUUGACAGGAGAGUUCAUGCGUAAAAUUUAUGCAGCAUCUUGAAAGUUGUUUACUUUGACAGCUGAAGCUGACAGAGUUUUGAGUCAACUUGUGAUGUUUUUAACUGUCUUUUCCACUGGAUGUGCAAAAUGAAAUACAGCUGCUAUCAAGAGUGUUCUCUUAUUCAUGGCUGGUUUGUUUAUUGGGUUUUUGGUUGAAAAAUGCGUCGCUUGUCAAAGCCGAUAAUCCGAUUUCGGAUGGCAUCGUUUUUGUUUUUCACCUUGCUGGAUGCGUACGAGUAUUAUAAAGGCUCAAGCGAUCCUUGCCUUACUUGAUAGCUUUCAGGAGCUGCAUCUCGAAAUAUGGUAAGCCUGAGUAAUUAUUUUAUUUAAAUAUAAUUUCAUGAAGUCCAGCGGCGCAGUUUAUGAAGCUAGUUUAUGCACGUUUGUAUUAAGAUUUGACUGAGACACUGAUCUGACCUCGUAUGAGGUUUGAUAUAAGCUUAAGCUUACAGAACUUUAAAAAGACUCUAGUCGAUAUUAAUUCACCUUAAAUAGAAAGAAAAAACUUUCCGAAGAAUAUUUAGUUAUAAUUUUGGCUGUAGAAAGAAAGCUUUGAACGAUUUUCUUUUCGUGAGUUCAUCUUUGAAAACAGCCAACACCGGGAAACCGGCGGCUUAAAACAUAAACUUUAAGCUUACUAGUAAAGACUUGAGGAUUCUUAGACACACUUAAAUACUCAUUUGUUUUCGUGAAUGAAAAUUGUUGUCUCUGUAAAUGUUCUAUGGAAUUAUUUUUCUUUAUUGAUUUUUGGUAGUCUCAAAAGUGUAAUUUUCAUCGCUUUGCCGUUUGUUUUCAUGCGUUCAUAAACAUCGCUCGCAGGAGUACUCAAAAUGCCAAGCGUAUCAAACGCUUUUAAGAUUACACAUCGUUAUAAAACCGUUAAUAAAAAUAGACUCAGUAAAUUCUUUAUCACGUUGAAGCGUAACUCUUGUAAAAUUUCUUCGCAAAUUUGGUGCUUGUCAAAAGUUAGAACCGGCUGGCCGUAUAGGUGAUUUUGGAAAUUUUUUGAACGGUUUCGCUAAUUAAAAGUCCACGCUUGCCUCUAUGGUCCUGAAUAUUGAAUGAAUGCAAUUUGUCUUGAAAAAUUGUGAAAUACUGUAUUUUGUACGACGUCUGUAUGAUAAAAACAGCGCCUCAUAGUACUCUUUCUUCUCAGAUGUGGUGUAUAAAAAAAAUAAAAGAUUGGUUUGCACGCAACCAGAUUUAUUGGCAAGAAUUUGUAAACUUGUCGAACGCAAAAAAUUCGGUCUGAUUUGUUUUCAAAGAAUUUGUUUUGCACGCCUUAUCUACUGUGAUCAAGAGCCAUCAUUGCUCUUAAAUGUGACCGAAGACUAUUUUUUGGGUGUACAUAUAAGGCUAUAUCAACGCGAUACAAAAUUUGUGUCACUCCAAAAUCACUUAGCUUUUCCCUCAAAAGUCACAUGAAUGUGCUCUUACUUUAACUGAUUUGUGGAAUACAAAAUUAUUGUUUGAUUUAAGUUAUAAAUUUAUGAAUGGGAGCUUCGCUUUUAGCUGUGGCUAAAUAUAUAUAUUACCGGGGCCACCUAGACAAAGUGGACCGGUGACAAGAAAAUAACAAUACAUUCCGACAAAGUGAGUUGUCAAUCAUAAUUACCAUGGAAAGACAUCAACAACAUAGAUCGAAAUCAAUUACAACCUACGGACGUGACUUUUACAACCCUUUGAAGAAGGCCUUUUUUCCUGAGAGGUCUCUUAGAGCGAAACGUUACAGUCAUAUUUUUGAGUUGAGGUUGCAUGUUCAUUGCAAAGUGCGGCAAUGUUAGCGAAGAAGUUGCUGCUGGUAGAUGACAAAAUAACAGCUUGUUUGAAACAAAUAUGUUUCCUGGGUGUAAAGUUGUAAAGUUUCGAAUAGAAAAAUAUUGAGUGGGGAACACUUUGCUUUCUUGAAAAAUGUUUGAUAUCAAUAUUUAAAUUUUGUGCUUCGCCAGUUACUUAUUGUCUUUUUACGAACUGCUGAUUUGCCUACAACCAACUUUCUGAGAAUGUAUUGAUAUUUUUUUGUAAUCCCUUUGGUCAACGUUGUCUAGGUGGCUCCGGUUAUAGUAGUAGUACUGUAAUAGUCUUUCAAAAUGUCAAAAUGUACAGUUCGAGUUUCGACAAGAUUUACGUUAUUAUUGUUUGCUGUGAGGACAUCUACGUUCGUUACUGCAUUCAAAAAAGUAACAAUGAUCAUGUCCAAAAUUUGCCAUUUUCGUCUUUAAGAUGAAAAGUUCUUCAGUUUCUGUUGUCUAGAAUAAACAAACUGGACUGCGAUUUCUUGCACUGCCAAUUUUUUUUUUUAACUUGUUUGCCCUCCUGAGAAACUGCUUGACAUCUCAAGAUGACGGGUAUCGUAAAUAAGGACUAUUGCAGUCUGCUGUUGAUACGUGCUCGAUUAUCAGUCGCUGUUCGGGAAAUGAGCCUGCGCUCCUCCCCGUAGAAGACCGCUCUCGGGGAGGACCGAGAAAUUAAACCCAACGUUUGAUAAAAAACAGUAAAGAAUAGCGAUGCCCGCUAACCACUGGCUUGUUUGACAGAAAAUAGGAGAAGCUUGGGGGCUCGCACUUACCGUAAGCCAUAACUGAUCUUAACUUUACUUCACUGUUUAGUUAUUUAAAACAAGUAACUAUUGCCUCGAAGUAACUAUUACCUCUCCUCUGAUCCACGGACAAGCAAACAAUUGCCCUCGACUUCAACGCGCCCAUAGGCAUACAAAUGCCCUUGCCUGGUCUCUUUAUGGCCUUUCACCAGGCCUUCUCGGUCAAUUCACUUUGGUGACCCGAAACACAUUGGCCGAGCGGAAUAACGAGGCCUGGGGUCAAGGCAAAAAAGGCCAGUCAUUAACCUAUGAGCAAGCUCUCUCGGCAAUCUCUGAGCUUUGCUCUCAAGCCCGAAAUUCAUUGAAAUAGAGAAGCAGCCAGAUAUUAAUCCCGUAUCCCGUCCAGGAAUACUGCGUGUUCCCGAAUCCCGCAGUGUACUCCUGUUGUUGGUGAAUUUUUAAACUCUUUGUUCAGCAUGAAUAGUGCUUGUGGAUUUGGAUAAUCUAGAUUAUUCUCUCUUGAUUCGUUUCAUGUUUUUGUCUUUCUUGUCGUAUUUCAGGCAACUGCAUCAGGUCAACAAUAUUCGGACGAAGCAAAAUUUAAGCCUUUCUACUAUUGGAGUUAUACUAUUUUCCAGAACAAGUGGUUCAACACAAAGUACUUGAGCUGUGAUAGCACUGGCAACAUGACAUUGGUGGACAUGGCCGAACUAGAUUAUCCAGAUCCACAAGCUCUGUUCAUUCUGAACAAAGUUUAAAAAUUUACCAACAGCGGUAGUCCAGUGAACAACUUGACCCAAGAGCUUUUGUAACCCAUUAAAUGGUAUGUUAGUCGCCACUUUAAGACCAACAAAUUUCAGAUAUAGUUUU